CGGUGGGAAACGCGACCAAGUUGAUACUUAUUUUACCGCCUAGCCCGAGCUGUAACAAAUAGGGCGAGAAAAAUUGUCAAUGGUCAGAUAAAGGUACCAAGGAUCGAUAGGUGUCAACUGUUGUUCAGCCAAUAAAGGCAGCACUGCUCAUACAUAAUGGCUGUAAAAUCAGUCAUGGAUCACUCUCCAGCCCAGAGGUUCCCAACGUGGUGUCCAUGGACCUCCCGGUUAAUGAUUUUGAAAGAUGGCAGGAAACAGAGUGGAUCUAACUAAAUUUAACAUCGAUGCUCCGCGAUGGGACCAGAGCACGUUCAUGGGCCGGUUAAAACACUUUUUCAACAUCACAGACCCACGCACAGUGGUAUUAUCCAAUGCAAGCCUCGAUAAAGCAAAGGAUCUGGUCGACAGAUGCAGAGCUGGUACUCUGCCUCCAGGAACGACCAAGGAGCAGCUGCUGUACGCAAAGAAACUCUACGACUCUGCGUUCCACCCGGACAGUGGAGAGAGGAUGAAUUUGAUUGGGCGGAUGUCAUUUCAAGUCCCUGGCGGGAUGGCGAUAACUGGCUUCAUGUUGCAGUUUUACAGAACAGUCCCAGCAGUGGUCUUCUGGCAGUGGGUCAAUCAGUCGUUCAAUGCCCUGGUCAACUACACCAACAGGAACGCUGCGUCGCCAAUAAGCAUAACACAAAUAGGAGUGGCAUACUUGACGGCAACGAGUACUGCACUGGCAACUGCAGUUGGACUAAACCUCUACACAAAGAAAGCUCCACCUUUAUUGGCUCGCUGGGUCCCUUUUGUUGCCGUGGCAGCUGCUAACUGUGUAAACAUUCCAAUGAUGAGACAGCAAGAAAUUUUAAAUGGAAUCACCGUGACUGAUGAAAAUGAGAACAAGCUGGGAGAAUCUAGGAUUGCAGCUGUGAAGGGUAUCACGCAAGUGGUGAUCUCUAGAGUUACCAUGGCCGCUCCAGGAAUGAUUAUUCUCCCCAUCAUAAUGGAAAAGCUGGAGAAGUAUCCUUUCAUGCAAAGGAUUAAGUUCCUUCAUGCCCCACUGCAAGUGACGCUGGUUGGAUGCUUCUUGAUCUUCAUGGUGCCCGCUGCCUGUUCGCUGUUCCCUCAGAGGUGUUGCAUGCCAACUUCUAAACUGGACCCAGAGCUGAGGGAUUCAAUAACCACCAAGUACGGAGAUAAAGUGAAAUACGUGUACUUCAACAAGGGGCUGUAGGCUUUAGCAGCUGAUGUCCUGGGAAGAGCUGAGGACUCCUUUAAACUUUAUAAUGGAAUCAAUGUUACCAAAGAGAAUUAGAAAACAGAGGAACAAGCAUAAAAUGCUGGAGGAACUCAGUAGGUCAGGCAGCAUC